AUGCCUUACCGGAAAGGAUAUUCUUAUUCGAAAAGGAAACGAUUUUGUGAAAAUAAAAUGAAAGUCAAAAAGGAAUUAUUACUAAACAAGGAAAACAUCGAAAAGGUAAAUUUAUAUGAUGUGUUGAUAUACAGAGGGCGAUGAUGCACAUGGAAAAUCUAAGUAGAUUAUACAGGCAGCAGUUUUGCAAUUAAUUGCAAGCGGCCAUGCUUCAACUGAAAUCUAUACGGUAAAAUAAAAUUUAAUUCGCAACAUAACUUAUAAACAAUAAUCAAAACAGGCAAACACUAUUUCAGUCGACGCUCCUUGUCUUUGAAAUGGUAUUAAAACAAAAUGAUCUUUAAUUGAUAACAAAAUAUAAACCAAUUUCUAUUCCAAGUCCACGAUUCUUAAACAAAUUCAAAAUCUUCGCAUUGUUAAAAACUGAUAUCCGUAUUUUAACUAUUUUCAGUUUUGUAUGUUGACCCGUUGUCCUGUACAGAUUACAAGCAGAUCCAUUUCAGUCACCUUUAUAUCGACAAAACAAAUUGAUUUUUAGAUUUCCUUUUCUGCAAAAGAUCUUUUAUAAAACAACAUUCUCCAGCAUAUUUUUCAUAAAGACAGCAUAAAAAUGGUCACAGUCUUAAUUCUUUUUUCGAUGCUACAACACGUCAAUAGUUUGUUCCUUUGUACAUGAGCCCGCAAAAUGUACAGCUGACCGUAUCACGGAAGUAACACACUAAAUAUAUGGCGUUUCCAGUCCAUUCCUUUGAUUGUCUAUGGUACCACCCAGGGACUAAUAAAUCCAUCAUAUAGUGUGCCAAUUUUUCCUAGACCAAAACUAAACCCACCACUACAAACAGGUGUACCCCUAACCCAAUCCUGGUUUUACAAUACAAUACAAUACCAUACAGUUCUUCAGUUCCUACAUAUCCAACAACCGCAGUGCCACCACAAGAGUCACAGCGACCUUAUGCAACUGGGUCACCAGUUAACAAUACUAACAUAAGUUUAAAGAAAACUUCCUUGCCAACGUUUAGUGGUCUGAGAAAAGAUUGGCCUGAAUUUAAGGCUGUAUGGAAACAACUGGCGGAGUCGGUAUAUUCUAAUAAGACCGCUUUAGCUCAUGAACUGAAGAGGUCAGUCAAAGGAGAAGCCAGUCAACGAAUACGUUCAGUGUAUAUAACCAGGCCAGAAGCGUAUGAUACAAUGUGGAGAAAGUUGGAGGCCCACUACGAUGACGCAAGUGCAAGUGUUCAAGCGGCACUGGCAGGUUUACAACGGCUAAAACACGUGGAGAGUGAAGAUUACAGAGCCUUAAUAGAACUAGUGGAUGAAGUAGAAGCUGCUUACUGUCAGCUUCAGGAACUCAACCAUCUAAGCAUUCUAACAAUGAGAGAUGUUGACCAUAUUAGCGAAUUUUUACCAAGUCAUGUGAGAGUUGAGUGGAUUCGCAAGUACCAAGAUAUGUCAUCUGCUGAGAAGGUAAACCCUUUCCCACUUUUUAUGAAAUUCAUGGAACGUGAACGUGAAGCUGUAGCCAGGUUAGCUGAGAAUCAACCUGCAAAGAAACGAUUACCGAGGUUUGAGAGAUCGAGAGUAAAAGGACAGCAAUAUCAGAUCAAUGCUGCCAGCCGAGGAGGGAAGUUCUACAAGUGUGCUUUUCCUGCGCACAGAAAGGACAACACUAACCACAAAACUUGUGAGUGCAAUGAAUUCAGAAAGUUGGAAGUGUCCGGUAAACAAGGAAGAUAUGAACUUUUAAAGCAAGUAAAUGCCUGCUUCAAGUGCUUUGGCAACCACAAGAGACAAGACUGCCCCACGACCGAUCUCUGUUCAUCCUGUGGAAGCAAGUCACAUCACCAACUACUGUGCAAGACAAAGAGUCCCCCAAAUAUCCCACCAGAACAACCGGAAGUACGGGACGACAACCGUGAAGGGAAAGAAAGCAAUGUGGUUCAAAGCGACACCCUAGCCCUUUACCCUACUUACCAAACCACCGUAGUCGAAAGCGGUAAGUCUGUGAGUGUCUUCUGCGAUGGAGGGUCAAAUUCAAGCUACAUUACUCAUCGUGCAGCAGAUAAGAUCGGGGCCAAAGUUGUACGAAAGUUAACCCUCGACGUAACUACUAUGGGCAACGUUGAAAAAACCUAUAGCACGCGCAAGUACCAAUUCACAGUGAGAACUCGUACCGGUAGAAAGGUUACCGUUAACGCAUUUGGCAUGGAAAGAAUAACGGGCCCAGUGAGCAAGCUUAACCCAGAUGUAUUGGUCCAAUUGUUUCCCGAUCACGACCCAGAGUCCCUUCAAAGGAAGUCCAAACAUAUUGAUGUGUUACUCGGGUGUGACUACUUCGGACUUCACCCAAAGAAUGAGGAAGCGCGGUGUGGCGCGAACCUUAGCAUAAUGAGCGGCGAAUUGGGAAUUUGCCUACAAGGAACACACCCAGAUCUUAGAGAAGAAACGUACCACGACCCGAACUUGGCAAGAACAAUCCACGACGUUCGACACAAGGCUGAAACGUAUUUUGCCAGCCUUGGAACUCAUCCUGAAUUCACUCGUCAAGGAUUGUCGCCCGAAAGUUUGAACGAGAACACCGAAGUUUACCAUUGUAUGUCCAAUGCCACCAAGUCCAAGGGUGACCGAGGAGCGGACAAUCAGAUAGAGAAUUUUAUCCGAGGCGAAGAAUUGGGUACUGAAACGUCUCCUCGCUGCGGUGGUUGCCGUUGCAACAAAUGUCCAAGUGUUGGACAUACGUAUUCCUUCAAGGAGGAACAAGAGCUGAAAAUGAUUCAAGACAACUUGGAAUACGAUGAGCAGAAUCAUUGUUGGAGAACGGGUUACCCCUGGUUAGUUGACCCAAGUAGCCUUCCUGACAACUACAGUGCAGCCUUGGCUACACUGCGAAGUACCGAACGAACUUUAUCUCGAGACAGUAAAUGGGCUGAGACGUAUAAAGACCAAAUGAAAGAUAUGGAGGAUCGUCAAGUCGCCCGCAAGUUAACGCCACAAGAGCUGAAAGAAUGGAGAGGACCGGUAUUCUACAUCGGACACCUGGCUGUGGUCAACCCUCGUUCGAAUUCGACACCAGUACGAAUUGUCUUCAACUCUAGCCAAAGUCACCACGGAGUAUCCCUGAAUUCCUGCCUGGCCAAAGGUCCGGACGCUUACAUCAACAACUUGAUUGGAAUUCUACUACGAUGGAGAGAGGAGUAUGUGGCCUUCGUUGGAGAUUUGAAGAAGAUGUUCAAUUCUGUCCACCUAAAGUCGUUAGAGCAACAUUGUCAUCGGUUUCUAUGGAUAGAUAUGGACGCUGAACGUCAGCCAGAUAUUUAUGUGAUGGAACGUGUCAACAUGGGCGACUCGCCAGCACCAGCUAUUAGCACGGAAGCUGUUUAUAAGACUGCGAACUUAUUUAAGGACGAAAGCCCAGAAGCUGCUGAGAUGCUAAAGAAGUCCAGUUACGUUGAUGACCUCAUUGACUCCCGACCCAAUAAGCCCGAGGCUAUGAAACUCGCUCAUGACGCAGAGAACAUGCUUGCCAAAGGAGGUUUCACAGUCAAGUGUUGGCAGUUUAGUGGCGAAGUGAAAACUCGUUCUGGUGAAGAAUUGCAACAGACCGUCGUUCGGGAGUACAAGUCAAAGGACCUUGCGCGUCCAUUGCUAAAAGGAACUGAUGCAAACCUUCGUGUCCUUGGUGUAGGAUGGAAUCCAAAGGAAGAUGUUGUCGUUUAUGAAGUCACUCUCAAUUUCAGUCAAAAGAGACGGGGAGUACGCACCGGACCUAACCUGAUGCUCAACGAUCUGCCUGAAGUUUUACCUGAUAUCCUAACCAAACGAAUCGUCCUUCAACAAGUGAUGAAAAUUUACGACCCCCUCGGUUAG